UUUAAUCGGUUUAAUGGGCUAUGAUAAUUAACUAUCGAUAAUGUAACCUUGCCUUUGUGAUUAACGUAUUAAUAUUGUAAUUAGAAACUAAAAUCGAUAGGAUUAUAAAUACAUGGAAAGCCUAUUCUAUUUAACCCUUUAACCCAUUAACCCUUUAUAAGAUCAUGUAAUUUGAAAAGUCAUUCCUACACCUAAAUAAUACAUCUUUGCUUUUGAAAUUGUAUUUCGUUUUUGUAUUGCAAAUUCAAUUUAAUUUAAAUUUAUCGCAUGUUGAUCUAAGUUUUUCUUUUCUUUUAAUUGACGUACAUACGUAUAGUGAUAUAUGUUCUUUAAUAAUUGCUUAUAAAUGAACCUAACAGCGAUUCUCUCAAACAUGACAAUUAAAUGACGUAAAUAAAUUUGAUAAUCAGUAGUUUAUAUCCUUUGGAAUGUCUUCCCGUUGCAAAAAUGAUUAGGAUCUUUGUAAUGCCCAUUUGACAAACGGAUACGCAUAUCGUAAUAUCAAAUCGCGUUUCGAUGGCGGCUCGACUCAAGACAAUUUAUUCCGGGAACAAUAUCUCGUUGAAUUUUAAAUGGCCGGCGUUAUCGAAACUAGUUCACAUAGUGCGAAAAAUGCAACUGAUCUAUCUGGUUUUGUUGCGUUCGCGCCGCAUAAAUAGAGAAAUGCCGGAGCUGUGAGCAAUAAAACAGUUGACGGGUUAAUUACAUUAGCUUUCAGAUUCUUUGAUAUAUUCGUAGGAUCUUUAAAAAAAAGCAUGCAUAGCUUAUAUAAUUGAUUCUAAGCGGAAAAUAUAGGGACCGUGACUAUUUCAAUAUUUCAAUAACGAAGAAUUAUUAAGUCAACUAUACAGAGAUGAAUAAAAGCAUUCUACUAAGUUUCAAUCCUAUAUUAAAUCCUACAUUGAAGUUUUUAAAACAUUAAAACAGUUUGUCUAUGGUUUCUAUGUACCGUAUGGUUUCUACAACUGAAACCAGGGUGAAACUGGAGCACAGGAUAUUCUAGAUAUCUGUAAAAUUUGAAAGCAUUCUAAAAAGAAGCGACUGAAAGGAAUACACACGUAUCUCAUUGAACAAAAUGUAAGUUCUACAGGAACGAUCUCUGUUGCAUUUCAUUAUGGACAUUUCAAAUCCACCGAAUAUUUUAGAAGUUGUUACGUUUUGGUUUUCCGUUAUCGUAACAUAUAUCUGGUUAUGGAUGAGGCGCAGGUUACACCAAGCAACCUUAUCUCAUCAGUUUGAGCUUUUGCUAAGUAACUUCCUUGCUAUACGACAGAUACGCAAGACGCUAGCCUUUCGUACUAGCAGAUAUACAUAGAUAGUAUAUGGUUGCAGACGAUGAAAGUUGUCCGGUGUAGAUUGCGGAAUAACGUUGAUUGAGAAGUUUACGAUAAGAAUUAAUGGGAUAUCACUCAUAUAAUACACCUCGUACACCGUUUCCUUUAGCUCUGUGUAUUUCGUAAUUAUCCUAUUAGUCAUUCUUAGUGCUCUGUUUAUUUUGAAAUUAUUCAUUUAUAAUUUAAACGAUAAUUUUUUACAAUAUUGUUUUCAUAGUUCUAUUUUACCAUAAUAUCACAAAUAAUACUAUCGUUAAAGUACAGAAGAAUUUGUUAGUGAAUUGAUAAUUUGUAAAGGUAUUCUAAUAAUAUUAGGUAAAUUCCGCAAGAAGGUACAGAUACUAUUGCUUUUAUUUUAAAAAAUCCUUUGCGUAUCCGGCAAUUAUUUUCUCAUUUCGUCUAAUCAACAAAAAGUUAUGCGUGCGUCGUUGAAAAGUGGCUUAACUGCGGAUUUUAUGCGAAUUCUCGAUGUUGAAUUCGCCAAUGUCAGUAAUCGGAUCUCGUUAGCGAAGAAUCAGUGUGCGCGAUGGUAUUCGACAUCGAUUAACAUUGCCGUUAAGGUAAGCUUUCGUUUGAGAGGUAGCUUCGAUCGAUCGAUGAACAUUCGCGCCGCUGAUCCACGACUUCCCUUCUGUGAUCGCCGCUCAAUGAUUUACGAGACCCGAGGCAGAUUAAUUGCUGCACACUUUUAACGAGGCCCGGUGUUUCUCAUCCGAUGAUUAUCCGUGUUUUAUCGUACUGCUGUCUAACUAUUGCGCCUUGCCAUUGUGCAACGAGCCUUUUGUAGGUGAAAGACUUUUUUCCCCUUUUGUCGACUUUUUUAAAAAUCUUUUAUUGUUGUAAAUUUAAUCACCAAACCAAUUUGAUAAUUAUGUGAUUAAUCAGAUUUGAGUUCACGUUAAUUUUGGUAACUAUUGAAGUAUAUAAUCUUUCUUUGACAAAUUUUUAAAAUAUUCCAGCAAAAAUAACGAGUAUGCGUGUUAAAACAUAUACAUUAUCGAUAUCGCAAUUAAUUCGAAUUUAUAUGUUUUCAAUUGAACAACUAUUUCCAUCGUAAUUAAGCGAGUUCAAUUUGCUUAAUUCAAUAAGCAUCCGUAUUACUUUACCAUUUCCAUACGUAAGUAAGGAUAAAAGCAGUUAACCGCCACCUGACUGGGAGACAUCAUAAAUUUACCGCCGAUAAACCUACUGAAAUCCUAUAAUACCCGUAUCAUCGCGCAGGUAUCCCAUGCGAUAGCAAAAGCAGUAAACGGCGUAAAAUGUGAGAAUACUUAGCUUAUCGGACUUAUGAAUUUAAUUGUAAUUCUUUUAAUCAUCGGAAAUUUUAUGCGGAUAAAAAUUUCGUAUAUUCUACAUCAAAACGAUUUAUUCUCUCAUUAUAUCAAUUCAUUCUUUAUUCUUUCUCAUAAUUUCCUCCUACCUCGAUCAAUUAUCUUCUUCUUUAUCUCCUCUUUCCUUUUGUCAUUUUUAUCCUCUCCUUUUCCGUUCGACAUUCUACCGUUCCGUCCUCUGCUUGCUUCCCCCCAAGAUCUUUAUCCAAUUUCUUUUCUUUUCUCUCUUUCAGUCUCCUUUUUUUCAUUUAACAUUAUCGUUUCCUUUUUUUCUUUCCUGUUUCUUUUUCGUAUGUUUACAAUUUCUUUAACUUUCUCUUCAUCCCCUUCCACCAUUAUUUCUUUCAGUUCUUUCUUUUUCUCUCUCUCUCUCUACUGUCCCUCACCUGAAGUCCUCUGUACGCACCUCCUUUCUCUCCUCUCGAGUCUACAAGCCGGGUAAGCACGCUCUCGUUUUCUCGCAUGCACGCGUACGGUGAAUGUGUUCUCGUAUCGUCCCUAUCCAGCAACUUCGUUAAGAGGACUCGAGUCGUCCUGCCGCUCCUCGUGAAAAUCCCGGUCCGACUCGUCGAGGACAGGUUGAUGCAACGAUGUGCAUACCUUUUCCCUGCCAUGGAAAACAACGAUCCGCUCUUACCUGGGUGUAAAGUGGUCUGGGUAUUUAUGAAUGUUUAAGAACGUGGAAUAAUGGGCCUGUAAAAUGUAAAAACACAGGCUUGCAUAUCGCAUACGCUAGCGUCGAGCAGAAUAUCGUCCAAGGAAUAUUUUAUUCCGUGUACUUCGAAAGUAUUCGAUGUCAUAUAAAUCGAACGUUACGAUCUGGAAAGAUUAGCUACAAGCACAAGGCUUCGAAAACACUAACGUAGGAUUGAUGGUGAUCGAUGGUGAUUCUACGUGCACAGAUAAAGUUGAACAGGAAGAAUCUAGUUCUUUUAGAAAAUCCAGUUUGAAAUAGAUGUCAUUGGAUCCUUAGCCAUGUUGAAUUUAUUCUAUCAACAGUUUAGCUAAGUGCAUACAAAAUAUUAUGUAAUAUUCUUGGUGUUAAAAAUAUUUGUUGUAUUAGUAUCUUAUAUUGAUAAAACAAAGAUAUACACUAAUAUCCUUUAUGCCAACCGGGAUUCACUUAUGUAUGACAUCUCCUUUUGAGUAAAACUGGUAAUAAAGUUAAUGGUUUGAACUGCAUGUCUCGUAGAAUCGCGAGAUAGAAUUGAAAGAUGUAAAGCAUAAAGCCGUCAUGAUGUCUCCUAAAUUGGAGCGCUGUCCUUUAAACAAAGCGGUUACCGAAUAUUGUUGAAAAGGAUAGCAAGUAGAUGUUGUCUAGACAACGAUUUAUGGCGGAGCAUCGUUUUUACGAUUAUACGUCAGGAUACUUUCGUAUCGUAGAAGACUAUUUCAAAGGAGCCGAGAAUUUAUGUUUCCUCCAUUUUGGAGGCAACGUAAUUAAUAAAAAUAUAUUUUACACUUUUCCCAAAACAUUUACCAAAACCAAUGUCUAAUCGCAAUCCGAAUGAGCGUAUUAUACAUAUACAUAUCUGAAAUGCGCAUGUAAUUACGAGUCUAACAGGAAUUAAAUUGCGAUGUUAAUGCUUUCCCGUCCGCUUGUAUCAAUUCUUGGCCUUCUUCUUUCUCACUCUCCACUUAGAUAUUCGUAGCCGGCAAACGUGUAUCGUAGAAUUUCAGUGAGUUUAUCGGCAGUGAAGUUACGAUAAUGUUUCCUGGUCAGGUGGAAGCAGGCUGCUUUGCGCUUCUCUACAAGGCCAACAGCAAUAGUAAAGUAAUGAAAUUAUGUUUUACAUUUUAUGUCAAUUUUUUUUAUACAUUUGUCUUAACCAGAUUACAUAAAAACAUACAUUUCAUUAUUAUAUGAAUUAUUACAUAGCUCGAUAAAACGAUCAUUAUAUAUAGCUUAAUGAAACAUGAUUUUAUGGUAUUUACAGUUUCGUCCAGAUUGCUCUUAAAUUUACUAUCUAAAAUACAGGUAAAGAUGUUGACGCGUUUUAUUUGUUAAAAGUUGUACAUAAAUAUAUUUUCUUAAUACGAUUCCUAGUUCUUUGUAUAAAUUCAAUUUAUCUUAAAAAGAUUAAGAAAACUCGAUGAAUAAAUUAGUAAAGAUUAAUCCUCUAUGCAACUUGCAAGUUAUAUACCAUUUAUUUGUUUAUCAUUAUACCAAUUAAUACUCCGUAACUUUUAGAUCACAAUGACAAGCCACGAUCUUUGUCAUAAUGAAACAAAAUUCUGUUCGUAGACCGGUAAAUGUUUAUCGAAAAAGCACGUCAAUAACAAAAUGAUUAUACGACUAAUUAUGACAAUAAAUCAUCCUCGUUGACAUAAAAUUUUCGCUUGGUGAAGUUAACGAACGUAUCUCUAGGCGACGAUUGAAGAUACGACGUCCUCGCGGUCCUAAAGAUCUGUACCUAAUUAUCAUCGCGAGCCGAGGAUUCUUGAAACUUCACAGAUUUCCUUUUCCUCUUUUCAAUGGCCGUUAGCCACGGAACGUCGUGUGCGCUUUUAAUAUUAGAUCAACGAUCUUUUACGAUCAUUAUAGCCAGCGUGGUACCAUCCAGCUGCGCAGGAUCAACGAUCAGCCGACGAAGACCAACUCAUUCAGCAACAAAUGUAGCGGUGCUUGCACUACCGCCGGUCAUGUCUUGUUCAACACGCCAGCGAGAUACUUUAUUGCUGAUAAUUCGAGGCCGGCCCCGCGAGAGACGUGCUGAAGCAAGAUGGCAGUUUGCAGCGGCUUACUCAUUAUUUCGCGAUUACUUCUCAUCGUCGUAGCAUUGACUGUACCAGGAACAUGGAUAAACAUCGGCCUGCAACACUUUCCACAACUCGAAACUGCUCAGAUGAUAGAAACUUACGACGUCGCUGCAUCGAGCAUUUGUCAUGGGCUAAAAGGGCUCUCGCAAGGCCAAGGGAAGCUAUGCCAAUUGUCCGUUGAUCACAUGCCAAGUGUUGCGAAGGGUGCAAAAUUUGGAAUUCACGAGUGCCAGCAUCAAUUUCACGACCGAAGAUGGAAUUGCUCCACUGUCUCUGAUGAGUCAGUGUUCGGACCUAUGCUUAGAAUAGCAAGCAGAGAAACUGCGUUCGUCCAUGCGAUCACGGCUGCAGGAGUGGUAUAUUCGAUUAGCCGAUCUUGCAGAGAUGGACAAUUAUCCUCGUGUGGAUGUUCUAGAAGCAGCAGACCCAGAGAUCUAAAGCGAGACUGGAUCUGGGGUGGCUGCGGAGACAAUCUCGAAUACGGUUACAAAUUUACACAAGCAUUCGUUGAUGUGAAAGAACGCGAGCGAAGUUUUAAAAGAGGCAGUAGAGAACAAGGCAGAAGCUUAAUGAAUCUUCAUAAUAACGAAGCCGGACGCAGGGCUGUUAUAAAACGGUCCAAAGUAACGUGCAAGUGUCACGGAGUUUCUGGAAGUUGCAGCUUAAUUACUUGCUGGCAGCAACUUGCUUCCUUCCGAGAAAUUGGUGAUUUUCUCUUAGAUAAAUACGAUGGGGCAACAGAAGUGAGAGUAAAUAGACGUGGACGUCUAUCUAUGCGAGAUCCAAGAUUUUCGUUACCUACUGCGAAUGAUCUAGUUUAUUUGGAUGAAUCUCCAAACUAUUGUCUUCCUAAUGAAACACUUGGAUCGUUAGGUACACAUGGAAGAAUUUGCAAUAGAACAUCAUCCGGUAUGGAUGGAUGUAAUCUUCUUUGCUGUGGUCGAGGAUAUAACACACAAAAAUCAACCAUUAGAGAACGAUGCGAGUGCAAAUUUCAUUGGUGUUGUUUCGUUGAAUGCAAAACUUGUGUUAAAAGCGUAGAUAUUCAUACUUGCAAAUAAAAUUUCAAUUUUAUUUGAUACUUCCAUAAGAAAAAUUUAUGUACCUUUUUGUAAUACAAUUCUCUUCGGUAUUUCAGAUAGACAUCAAUUAUUAGGGAAUAUUAUACUGUGUAUAUACAUUUCUUAAAAUUAUAACGAACGUUUAGCAAAAUACUUUAGUAAAAUGCUUACCUAUUAUCAUCAUCAUUUAAAAAAUGUUCUGUAUCGUAUUUAACUUAAAAUAUGCACACUAAUCCUUUAUUUUAUACUAUUAUAGAUUUUUCUCAUGAAAAAUUGGAUGUAUGAAUGAAUACAAAUAGGUUCUUAAAAUUCUGAAAAUAGUUAAAUGAUUAAAAACACUUUGCUUGCAUCUUAAAAAUUAUGAAUUUGAUAUUACUCAACAAUGACAUAUAUGCCCUAUUACCGGUAUUCAAAAUUCAAAUUUAAAGUUUUAGACUGAAAUAUUAUUACUGUUUAAAGUGUAAUAUAUAGAUUUAUUUUUUCAUAUGUGCAGGAUUUUCUACAGAGUCUCAAUAAAUAUAAGUGCACUUUACAAAAUGCAGUAACAAAAAUAAAAGCUAUAAAUGUCUAUGUACAGUUAUUUAUGAAGUUAACUCAAUCAAAUUAAGUUUCAUAAAUGACUCACAGUCUGUGAUUUCAUAAAUUAAAAAGAAAAACAAAAUAAAAGACUUCAUAAAUUUUCUGAACUAUUUAGAUAUUUUGUUAUCUACAAUUAUGAUACAAUUAUUAGUACAGUAUUAUAUUUGUAAAGAAAUAUUUUUA